CCAGUGCACAAGAAGGACCCCUCCCAUUAUUUUUGAGGACCGAGUGGGCGUAACUUCAUCACUGCCGGUUGGCAAUCCGGGAUCUCGGCUUUAAGAGGCUCAUCAGGCGAAAGGGGGUGGAAACCACCGGGACCUAGACUCGGUGGGCCCUACCCUGCUUCCCUCCGGGUGGCGGCGCUGUGACAAGCGACUGACAGGCGCUACGAAAGGCAGCCCUCUGCUGCCUGGAAAAAAGCAGACGCCUGAGCUACCAGCCUGGGGAGAGCCGAGGGCAGUGCUUGAGGCAGCGGGACAGUGGCUGAAAUCGCGCGUGGGAGGCGGGGGCUUUGGGUGGAACAAGAAUUAGAAGAUGUCAGAUAAAGAUGUCUCUCGGGAAGAGGCGGGCUAAAGCGUGGGUACCACUACCUGUCUCAAGACAGAUGGGAGAGACGGGGAUGAGGAUGGUGUCAAAGAUCAAGGAAGGGUUCCGCGCUCUAAAUUCAGAGCAUUAGUUUGAUUUAGGUCUUGGGUCUCACACAGGUGACAUGGCGCUCGGGAGUGAUAAAAGUGAACUGGCAUUUUGUGAUGCUUGACCAUUGAGUUGGGAGGACUGUGGGAGCAGCUGGGCCCCUUGUUGGCUCUGUAAUCCUGACUUCCUGUUCUCUGUAACCCUGACUUCCUGUUUUAACUUUGUGGUGGCUUUCGGGGGAGGGAUGAUUUAAAUAGGAAAAGCCAUCUUGCAAUAUAGCGCUCUGUUCUCCACGUGGGAGGCUGGUUAUAGCCAGGUGUCGGAGGUGUGCGUGGGCGGCUGGUAGGGGCCCCAUCCCCGAGGAGCAAUGCAAUUUCUAGCAACUGCGGUGGUAGUUAUUUUUUUUUUCUUUCCUCCGAAUAAACCCUUUAUUUUGUGCAUCAUUUUGGAGAGUUAUUUUCACCAGUCAACAGGAGUCACAGCCUUUUGGGACAGUCGAAGCUUCUCUAUUGAGAGCUCCAUUAGAGGGGUCCUAGUCACCAUGGAGGACCCACCCCUUGAAGAGACCAUGGAGCAGCAGGAUUCGUCUAAGAGGAGUCCCCGCAGUACAAAAGGAGACAUCUGCCAUCUGGGGGCCCUGCAGUGCACCCGCUGCCUCAUCACCUUCGCCAAUUCCAAGUUCCAGGAGCGUCACAUGAAGCGGGAGCACCCAGCGGACUUCGUGGCCCAGAAGCUGCAGGGGGCCCUCUUCAUCUGCUUCACCUGCGCCCGCUCCUUCCUCUCCUCCAAGGCCCUGAUCGCCCACCAGCGCAGCCAUGGUCCGGCCACCAGGCUCUCCCUGCCGGUUGCACCCACCACUGCCCAGUCCACCUUCCCCUGUCCUGACUGUGGCAAGACCUUUGGGCAGGCCACUUCUCUGAGGCAGCACCGCCAGGUGCACGAGGCCCGUGACCCUCCUGGCCCCUUCGCCUGCACUGAGUGUGGUCAGGACUUUGCCCAGGAAGCUGGGCUGCAUCAACACUACAUCCGGCAUGCCCGGGGGGAGCUCUGAGUGCAGCUUCAGCCCUCCCCAUGGCAAUGGGGGCUCUGCGGCAGGUGGGACCCACCUCUGAUAUGGGACGGGCCCUUCUAGGGACUUGCUUCCCUCCCUGGAAAGGCAAAGGGCUCCUGGUAAAUAGGACCCAGAAGAUGCUCGUUUAGAGUUUCAGUCUUUGGGGGACACAAAGACCUUCAGAGAAAUAGGAAAAUCAGACAAUAGGGAGAUCUUUUGUUUAAACAAACAAUCAAAAAAAAAGAGCAAAGAAAGAGGGAAAAUUGUUAUUUGUGUCUCCCUCAUUCCCAAUUAAAUAGUUUGAAAUCACAAGUAGCUGCAGAUUGUGUAAUCACCUUUAAUUCCACCCAGAUGAAUGCCAUGGGCUGCAGAAGCAAACUGCCCUGGAUUUGUGCCUGAGUGGGGAAAGGGAAGGUGAGGUGUUGCUGGCCUGUCAGGCCACCACAUGGGUCCCAGACGGAGCAGCUCGGGCCUCUGGGAUAGGGCAACAAAGUUGGAAGCUGUACUGAGUCAUGUGGGGGUUGCAGUUCAAGUCCUUGUCUCCCCCACCCCCUGCCAGCCUUUCCCACUCAAGGAGGGCCCAUGACAUUGGAUGGCUUCCCCCACCCCAGAUAAUUUAUUGCCCAUUUAUAUUUAUGUGCCAUUCUGGUCAUAGAAUAUUUUGUAUAUGGGUAGGUAAGAUGGCAUGAAUAAACUAACAGAAAAUAGUAUCUAAAAACAGAAAAGGUCUACAUUAAGAUAUCUAAACAAGGAACUCUGGCUUUUUAGCAGGAAUUCCCAGAGAACAUAAAAAGGGCAUGAGGAGUGGGGAGCUCAGGGCAGAGCUGGCCUGGCCGUGCGAGGAAACUGGUUUGGAAUCAAACAGAGAUACCUUCUGUUUUCCUGUCGUAUUUGGCCAACAUUGGGAGAUUUCCCAUUAGAUCUGAUUUUCAGCUCUUAAGCCCAAGGCCGGCCUGCGUCCCCCAAGGCCAGUUUUUCUCCCUGCCCCUAGAGACAAUGGUUGAUGCCCUGCAUAUAAUCAUCAGACUCAUUUGAAUUGAGGGAUGUUUUUAAAGCCCACAGGUGGGAUGGAUGUGGUAGAGACUGAUAUCUGUCUCCCAAUUUUUCACUAGGCACAUGAUGGCUACAAAGACUACAUUUCCCAGAUUUCCUUGCAGCUAUAUAUAUGGCCAUGUCACAGUUCUGGCUAAAUUUCUGGGUAGAGUCCUCAAGUUUUAGAAAGAGACAUGCCUUCCCUCCACCUUCCUGCCUGGAAUGUGGAUAUGGCAUCCAGGCAUCUUGGGCCACGGGAGCAACAGGUUCCCAGAGCAACAAGAUAGCAGGAGCCUGGUUCCCCGGUUGACUUGAAGGAAGCAGAGCCAUCCUACCAGCCCUGGAACACCCACCUCCCUACUAUCAUGUAACAGAAAUAAGCCUCUAUCUUGUUUAAGCGACCACUGGUUUGGGUCUGUCACAUGCAACAUAAUUUACAGCCUAAAGCAGCAGUCUGCAAACUGGCCAAAUCCAGCCUGCCUCCUGGUUUUGUGAAUAAAGUUUUAUUAGAAUA